AUGACCAAAUCGUUCAGCGAGAGCGGGCUGAUGGCGGAAGCCCAGCCUCAAGGUCCCCCGAGCUGGACUGACGACUGCCUCAGUUCCCAGGACGAGGCGGACAAGAAAGAGGAGGAUCUGGAAGCGAUGCACACCGAGGAGGAUUCCCUGAGAAACGGCGAGGAAGAGGAGGAAGAGGACGACUUGGAAGAAGAGGAGGAGGAGGAGGAGGAGGAGGAAGACGAGGAGGAAGACGAGGACGAUCAGAAGCCCAAGAGGCGGGGCCCCAAGAAGAAGAAAAUGACCAAGGCGCGACUGGAGCAACGGCGCAUGAAGGCCAAUGCCCGGGAGCGGAAUCGCAUGCACGGCCUCAACGCCGCCCUGGACAACCUGCGCAAAGUGGUGCCCUGCUACUCCAAGACCCAGAAGCUGUCCAAGAUCGAGACGCUGCGCCUGGCCAAGAACUACAUCUGGGCGCUCUCCGAGAUCCUGCGCUCCGGCAAGAGCCCGGACCUGGUCUCCUUCGUGCAGACCCUCUGCAAGGGCUUGUCGCAGCCCACCACCAACUUGGUGGCCGGCUGCCUGCAACUCAACCCGCGGACUUUCUUGCCGGAGCAGAGCCCAGACGGACCGGCCCACCUGCCGCCCGCCGGCACGUCCUUCCCGGGCCACCCUUACACCGCCUACCAGUCGCCGGGGCUUCCCAGUCCGCCUUACGGCACCAUGGACAGCUCCCACCUCUUCCACCUCAAGGCGCCGCACUCCUUCGGGGCUGCGCUGGAGCCCUUCUUCGAGAGCGCCCUGGCCGAGUGCGCCAGCCCUUCCUUCGACGGGCCCCUCAGCCCGCCGCUCAGCAUCAACGGGAACUUCUCCUUCAAACACGAACCUGCCAACGACUUCGAGAAAAGCUAUGCCUUCACCAUGCACUACCCGGCCGCCGCCGGCCUGGCGGGCGCCUCGGGCCACGGCUCCAUCUUCUCCUGCUCCGCCUCGCGCUGCGAGAUCCCCGUGGACACCCUCAUGCCCUACGAGAGCCAUGCCCAUCACGAGCGAGUCAUGAGUGCCCAACUCAACGCCAUAUUUCACGAUUAA